GUAUUUAUAAAUGAAAUGAGGCCUGCGGAUGACUGCCUCCUAGUCGUGAACAUAUCGCACCAGCUGUAGUAGUGGCUGAGCAUGUCCUGACCGCAAGCUUACGCUGUGUGAGAUGGCUGCCAGUCAUCGCUUGCUCACGGACUGACUGUGGAGCAGAGCCGUCCCGCUAGCCGCUCAAGAUGGACACCGCUGAGGAGGGGGACAUCUGUCGUGUGUGCCGGUCGGAGGCCACCCAGGACAAGCCGCUCUACCACCCCUGUGUCUGCACCGGCAGCAUCAAGUUCAUCCAUCAGGAAUGCUUACUGCAGUGGUUGAAACACAGCAGAAAGGAAUACUGUGAAUUAUGCAAGCACCGGUUUGCAUUCACACCAAUCUACUCUCCAGACAUGCCAUCUCGCUUGCCAGUUCAGGACAUCUUUGCAGGGCUGGUCAGCAGUGUUGGGACAGCCAUCAGAUACUGGUUCCACUACACCCUAGUGGCCUUCGCCUGGCUAGGCGUAGUACCUCUCACAGCAUGCCGUAUCUACAAGUGUUUAUUUACCGGCUCCGUAAGCUCUCUCCUCACACUGCCAUUAGAUAUGCUUUCAACGCAGAACCUGCUCGCAGACUGCCUCCAGGGCUGUUUUGUGGUCACUUGCACGCUGUGCGCCUUCAUUAGCCUGGUGUGGCUCAGAGAGCAGAUUGUCCACGGAGGCCCCCCCCAGUGGUUGGAGCAGAAUCAACCGCCCCUAGUUCAAAACCAGCCCAAUGGUCCAGCACCAGCUGGUGAGGUUCCCGGUGCCGACAUCGGCAUCAACGCCCAAGCUGCUGCGGACGCGGAAGCCCGGCGACCUGCAGAGGCCCACCAGGAGGGACAGGCAGCCGCCGACCCACAGGAGGCCGGAAACCACAGGGACGAGGCUGAACUCGAGGACGAAGAUGGGGAGGAUAAUGAGGACGACGAAGAGGAGGACCGGGAAGAGGAUGCUGGCGAAGCCAACAAUGGAGGACAAGAAGAUUUGAACUGGAACGCCCUGGAGUGGGACCGUGCAGCAGAGGAGCUGACCUGGGAAAGGAUGCUGGGACUGGAUGGCUCCUUAGUUUUCUUGGAGCACGUGUUCUGGGUGGUGUCUCUCAACACACUCUUCAUCCUGGUCUUCGCCUUCUGCCCGUACCACAUUGGCCAUUUCUCAGUAGUAGGAAUGGGCUUUGAAGAUUAUGUCAAAGCUUCACACUUUGAUGGCCUUGUCACCACCAUCCUGGGUUACGUCCUCCUGGCUGGAGCGCUCAUCGUCUGCCAUUUGUUUGCUUCAUUGGUGAGGUUCCAGCGCUCCAGACGCCUCUUGGGUGUCUGCUACAUUGUUGUUAAGGUGUCCCUGCUGGUUGUCAUGGAGAUAGGCUUGUUCCCGCUGAUUUGUGGUUGGUGGCUGGACAUUUGCUCGCUGGAGAUGUUUGACGCGACUCUUAAAGACAGGGAGCAGAGUUUUGACUUGGCUCCCGGCACCACCAUGUUCCUCCACUGGCUGGUUGGCAUGGUCUACGUCUUCUACUUUGCGUCCUUCAUCCUUCUGCUCCGAGAGGUUCUCCGGCCUGGUGUGCUGUGGUUCCUCAGGAACCUGAACGAUCCAGACUUCAACCCAGUCCAAGAGAUGAUCCACCUGCCCAUCUACAGACAUCUGCGAAGGUUUAUACUCUCUGUGGUGGUGUUUGGCUCCAUAGUUCUGUUGAUGCUGUGGCUUCCAAUCAGAAUCAUCAAACUGCUCUUCCCAUCCUUCCUGCCCUACAACGUCAUGCUUUACAGCGACGCCCCCGUCAGCGAGCUGUCCCUCGAGCUGCUGUUGCUUCAGGUCGUUCUGCCGGCUUUACUGGAGCAGGGUCACACUCGCCAGUGGCUGAAACGCCUUGUCCACGCCUGGACGUUCACAGCAGGAUACAUGCUUGACCUUCACUCCUACUUGCUGGGGGACCAUGAAGACGAGGACCACCAGCCAAACGACAACAACCCUCCUGGUCGGGAUGACAGGAUCCCUGGUUUAGGGGAGGGGCUUCACGCUGCCCAUCAGGCCAUUCUGCAGCAGGGAGGCCCUCUCGGUUUCCAGUCGUACCACCGUCCUGUCAACUUCCCCCUCAAGAUCAUUUUGCUGGUUUCCUUCAUGUGUGUGACGCUGUUACUGGCCAGUCUGAUCUGCCUCACACUACCAGUGUUUGCGGGCCGCUGGCUCAUGUCUUUCUGGAUGGGCAGUGCCAUGAUUCAUGAGCUGUACACAGCGGCCAGUGGUCUGUACAUUUGCUGGCUGUCUAUUCGAGGUGCCACCAUGAUGCUCUCCUGGAUGCCACAUGGACGGAACAUGAUCAUGAUUAAAGUCCACGAGUGGACACUCACGAUCCUGAAGACCGUUGUGGUGGCCGCGCUCUUGGCCGGGGUUAUUCCGCUGCUCUUGGGCCUGCUGUUUGAGCUUGUGGUCGUUGCGCCUCUCAGAGUCCAACUAGACCAGACCCCUCUCUUCUACCCCUGGCAGGACUGGGCCCUGGGAGUUCUCCAUGCUAAAAUCAUUGCUGCCAUCACACUGAUGGGCCCCCAGUGGUGGCUCAAAACAGUCAUUGAGCAGGUGUAUGCCAACGGUAUUCGGAACAUUGAUCUCCAUUUCAUCGUGCGCGGGCUGGCCGCCCCAGUCAUCUGCGUCCUGCUGCUGUCCCUCAGUGUGCCGUACACCAUCUCUAAAGGCAUUACACCGCUCCUGGGUGUGCAGCCAGAGAUGCAGACGCUGGUGGAGAGGAGGAUCUAUCCCUUCCUGCUGAUGGUGGUCGUUCUGCUGUCCAUCCUGUCCUUCCAGAUCCAGCAGUUCAAACGCCUCUACGAACACAUAAAGAACGACAAAUACCUGGUCGGACAGCGGCUUGUGAACUACGAACGCAAGACCGGCAGGAGGAUGUCGACCCCCUUGUAGGCGUGCCGCUGUGGGCUCCAGCGACACUACAGCAAUCUGCCCAGCUGCGAGCGCCACCAUCAGCUCCCGCGGUGAAAGCGUUAUUUUCUUUUGCUUCUCUACGUGCUUUGCCGGCAGAAGCCAGCUUCAAAAACCAACUGUUACCACUUUGACUGCAGUCUAGUUGCCACUGGCGACAGGAGACAAACUGCUGAAGGUUGAGGACAAAAUAGUCUCAAAACUCUCCCUGGAAAAUGUGCUUUUCUGAUAAAGGUUGUGAGCCAACCUGCAAAAACAUCUGCACAGUUGAAGCUACAAAGCUGGUAACCGUGUACCUCCUGUCCAAUCUGUCAACGCAGCUCACCUGGGAAGUUGUAAUUAUAUUCUUUUAAGUUGGUGAGGUCGGUCAGUUGAACAUAGCUUUUACCUCAGGUUGUGCUUUCCUUUUGAAUGUUUGAUGUGAGAUAUUGUCUAACAAACCCCUGAGCGUCUCUCAAUGACACUUUUUGACAUUUCAGAGUUGGUAGUUUAUUCGUCUCAGAUGACUCAACUUAUCAAAUCAAGGUCGUCUGAUAAAGAUGUAGCAAUAUUGAUUUAUGUUUUUUUAAUUGUUUCUGAAAGGGUUUUUCUUUUUUUUGGUCCUGCUAUUUCUUUGAGUGACGAUGUAGAUUUAUUAUUGAUAAUCUGGAUAAAGACCGGAAAAGUAUUUUUUCUUGAUCUUUUCCUGUGAAUUUCAAAAACGGUUGUGUAAUAUCUGAGAAAAUUCAGCUUCAGUUGAGGACAGGUUUCAACAAAGAAUAUUUUAAGAACACCUUCCGACCAAUUCGGAACGCGCCUGUGACAAUGAUCUUUAAUAUUUAUUCUGAGAGAAUUUUUCAAAGAUCAAAUGUCCUGUUGGGAAACAACUCUAUGAACAUCAAAAGGCAGAUUGUCAUUGGACGAGGAGGGUGAUCUAUGCGGACAGAUAAAGUUACUGGGGUAGCAAAUCGCCUCAUUUUUCCCUUUUUAAAGUUUUAACCACUUCACCUUUUUCUGAUCCGUGUCGUUACUCUGAUUAAUCACUCACUCAAUCGAUCUGCCAGAUGCUGAGCUGAAUCUGGCCGACCCAAUCUAAUCUUGUCAUCAAGUUAGCUACUAAUGCGCAUGUUAAUGUACGCAGAUAAAAUUCAAAAAUCAGAGCUACGUAUAGAGAUGAUUGGCAGUUUAAUAUAGAUGAAAUCAUGUUAUUCCAGUUUUGUUACGGUCAUGCAACAGACUUUUGUUGAUUGCUUUUGAUUAAAUGUUGUGAUAUCUGAAUCGUAAUAACAGUCACUGUAAAGUACCGAUCAAAUACCAGUGUUUGAAAAAACUAACUUAAACGGCUCAUAAUUCCCGCUCUCUUAUAUCUAAAUUUGACAAUAAAAUGAAUUUGACUGACUUUAAUUUCACCUUGCCCAAUACUUUUUAGUUUUGUUUUUCCCUGUGGACCUCAAACCCAUGCCAAUGUAACUUCUUUUAACUUUAAAAGCCAAUCUAGCCAACAAAUAACGGUAGAGAUUUGCGGAUCAUAUUGUAGCAUUAUCAGGGACAAGACAAUGUGGUGCAUGAGCUUUUAACCACUGGUGUGCAGCACUAGUUUGCACAUGUGCAGUCUGAACGGCAUGACUCUUCACGUCCCACACAGCAGGCCACGUCUCUUCUCCAAUAACAAACAAUGAUUAGCGGCAUACACUAAUGCCACUGGGGACAGGGGACGGGGGUUAGACGCUCAUUGGGAUGGUUCAUGAAACGAUUGAGGGCUUUUUUUAACAUAGAAAGAUAGAUGCCUUUGAUUUGUUUUAAAGGAAACUAAUUUUUCAUGCAAAUGUUUUAAUUAUGCACGUUUUCCAAACUAUUCAGGUUCCAUUGCAACACCAUCACAUUUCAUUUCCUCCCAAAAAGACAAGUCACUGCUGUGGGUGUCACUCAACGUUGGAAAAAACUUGUUUUCUAUUGAUAUGGAUUGUGAUAUACAUUAACUUAAGUGCUGCUUUGUGGAAUACUCUCAUUGUAUAUAAAUACGAUGUUAAAAAGUGAUCUUUUAAGUAUUUUCUUGAACUGAGCUGCACAUUUCAAAUUCUGAUCUUGAAUUUCAAUUUUUUGGAAGUGACCGAUUUCUAUUUUUAUAAGUGCAAAAGCAGCAUUGGCAUGUACUGUAACAUGAAGGAUUAUUGUAAUGUCUGUUAUCUGUUAGAUACAUAAUAUGACGCGAUAAUAAAUAGUUGAAAUGA